UAUUGACCAGACUUCCUCUAACCUUUCUUCUCAACCAACAACUUUGUUUUCCGCCCAUUGAUCGCCCCCUUUGGCACGCCCGUAUACAAAUCGAGCCAUGAUUAACUGAUUUAUAGUUCAUAGUCCAUACCGCCGCUCCGCCCUAACGCGUCGCUCUUCCUACUGUUACGCGACUCGUAACAGAACCGACACGCGUCUCACCCAUUAUCGCCGGUGUCCUAGUGCCGGCCUGUCGCGCCAUGGCCGGACGAACGCGAAUGCAGGUUGGCUCAGCGCCAUGGAUUGAAGAGGAGCGGUCUUCGGCGACACAGAUUGCCCAGUCUGAGGUCGAGGAAUUCACCUUCUCCGUUCAGAAUGACUUCGACUGGUUAAAUGAACAUAUGGCCGAGGUCUUUAGCGAGAAUCAAAUAAAUGUCGCCGAGAUCUUCAAGACUCCUGGUAAACUUAGAGGCAAAACCCCCCGGACUGUAAGGAAGGCGAAUCCAGGAGAAAGCCGCGUGCCCCUUUCAAACAUCUUUUCCUCGACUCCCAAGGGCGGCCCCAAUCCUUUUGCCGUAGCGAACCAUGGCAGACCAAACACUCCUCGUGUUAAGAUAGCGGUUGACCCUCAACCUUCACCACCAAAAGCUUUCGUUUCGACCAGUCCACUGAAGCAGACUGCUUCCUCAAAACCUGUACCACAGGCAGAACCAGCAUCCGUAGUAGAUUCUGGAUAUCACGGAAGCCAGUCUCAAGAUGUGAUGGAAGUAGACGACUCCGCUGUCCUGGAUGAAGAAACUCAACCGUCUAGCCCUCAAAACAGUGCCCACGUGGGUCGUGUAGCGUUUUAUAUGUCACCAAUCCACAAAGACAUGCGAAGCCCUGCACACCCGUCAUCCGACCCGGCUCCAGAAUCGGGUGUCGGCGAUUCGCCUACCCAGUAUUUUACUGCUCAUGCCGCAGCUGCACCUUCACCUACCAAGGACCUUUCGCACCAUGAAACCACAACACCUAUAGGCUCGCCCGCCGCACCACCUUCUCCUAUCUUGGAGGAGAGUCCGACGCCUGCUAAAGUUACUGAAAACGGCCAUACCCCGUCGGCUGAACCCCCAGAUGUGGAUAUCGGUGUGACAGAGACAGUUAUAGAUGAAGUGCCACGGUCGCCCUCUGAUGGGUCGAGCCCAAUUCGACCUAUCGUGAGGAAGAGCAGUCUUAAUUUCGCUUCUUUACCUGCACGAGAACCUAUUACUCAUAAAAGCAUUGGUAAUCGGAUCUCAAGAACGAGCCAUUUGGACCAGAAUCGUCCCAGCUAUUAUCGUCACACGGGAGGCAAAAGCAUCGGACACGCGAAACAAGAUGUUAUAGAUGAUGAGAAUGAUGAGAUGGAUAUUGAUGACUUCCCAGCGCCUCCAAACCCUCAAACAGAUACAGACGAUGCAGCUGUCCAUAGCAAAACGUACACGCAACGGCUCCAAGAUCAAAUAAACAAACUCGGUAAACCACAAGCAAAUGUCCAGCAAGUUUCGAAAGCAACAAUGAAUCCCAGCACAUCGCCAAGCUCUCCAGUGACAAGUGCACCCCCACAGUCUACUCCAGGUCGACGGGCAGUAUCACCGAACAAAAUGCCAGCGACCCCAGGCGCAUUCCCUGAAGAUGAUGAUGAUUGGAUCGAACCACUUGGUACUCCAGAUGAUGCUUCAAAUUUUAAAAGUCCGCGACCCGGUCUCUCCAAGAGUUACACGACGGACGUCAUGGAAGGUGUUUCUGGCAAGAACACUAUCAGUGAGCCUGAUUUUGCGGUGCCAACAACAAAAUCACAAAUCACCAACACCAAUCCUCUGCGAUCUCCUGUACUUGAACGGACUGCUGGUGUCUUUGGCCAUCACAAGUCAGUUUCGGUUCCUGUUCUCCCUGUUAUGGGUCAAAAUAACGAUGGUGAAAACGCCAUCAAGAAGACAAUAUCAGUUUCCAACCCACCACUUACAACAGUUGCGGAAGACGGGCAGCCUACGACUCCAAAAUCACCAUCGCGUGGAUUCAACAACAGCCCUCUAAAGCAGGUUAAAAACAAGUUGUCCUCUAUCCUUAAGAGCUCUAGAGGACUCUUGGCCAGUAGUGCUGCGAUUAGCGCAGAAGGCAAAUCCUCCCUUCUCUCUCCAUCUACCACUCGACUGGGUCUGCACAUAGGUCCCUCCACAGAAUCACUCAGGUCGCCGACAGCAAAGGAGCCUCAAUCUCUUUACCCCGAUUUAUCUCGUCAAGUCACUGAAACGCAAACAAUUGCAAGCACGGCUAGUCCAGAACGAACUGAAGGCAGAAGGACCAGAGCAUCCAUCGAGAGAGAAAAGGCGGAAGAAAAGCGCAAGAAAGAAGAGGCUAAGGAAGCACGUCGACAGGCUGAGCAAAUGGAGAAGCUUGAGAAAGCGCGUGAGAAAGAGCGAGAGAAGGCGCGCGUGUUCAGCAAAGAACAAGAACGCUUGGCAGCUAUGGAGAAGCAGUUGGCUGAACAGAAAGAACAAGAAAAGCGAAUUGCGAUGGCCACUCCUGCUAAUGUUGCGAAGUCCGCUAAGAACAAUUCGCGGAAACCCAAGUCGCAGGCUGUCUCGGAUGAUCAGGGUGUAGAUGCUCCUGGGAUAGAGGAGAAAACUGAAGACGUUGAGAUGUCCGACGCACCAAAUACGAUGCCACCUCCUUCGGUUUCUCGUAUGGCAGCUCCCUCAUCAGCUAUGAAGACAAGGGAAAUCAAGCGACCUGUUAGGCCAACCAAGGAGACCAGCAAGGCAAAGCAGGCGCCUACAGUAAUUCGUGUCAAUAUGGGCUCUCAGCAAUCUCACUACCACCCGUCUAAUAGUAUGCUUUCGUCAAGCUUGCAUGACACUCUAUCGCAGUCUCAGGUCAAAAGCAAAGCAAGCCAGCCUUCACUGCAAACAAAACCGUCCCUCCAAAGCCUUAAGAGCUCGACAUCAUCCGCUGGCAGGCCGAAGGCUCUCGAAGUUGCGGCGAGAAGAAAAGAGCAGGAAGAACGCGAAGCUCAGCGCAAGCGAGAUGCUAAAGCAGAGUUAGACCGGAAACGAGCGGCUUUGCAAGAGGAAGAGAGGCGCCAAGAACAGCAGAGAAAACUUGAAGCUGAACAACAGAAGGAAGAAGAACGAAAGCAGGCAGCUUUGCAAGCCGAAGCAAAGAAGAACGCCCAGAGACAAGCAAUGCUCGAGAAAGCGAAGCAAACUAGAGCGCCCCCUCCAGCAGUCCGUAGCCAACCUAGUGGGCCUCCAGACUAUAGUAGAAGUGAAGCGGGUUCUUCUAGACCGCCAUCGCGGAUGAAUUCGACGGCCCCGCGUUCCCAGGACGAAAGCAGCCGGCCAGUAAAUGCGGUGCUUUCAAAUGCCUCCAAAGCACAGGCGAAGCGACCCUUAGCACAAGAAAGCGGCGAUGAUAGUGCACCGCACUCAGCGCUGAUCCGGAACGGAGCGGGCUUUCAGCCGAAAGAAUCCAAGCGUAUGCGGAUGACAGACGAGCUGAAUGAUCCCGCAGAGACCGAGAAACAGCCGAGUCUGAAGGGGGCACCGGUGCGCCCAUCUGGUGGUUUGAAGAAGGACCUGCCUACGAAGCCAAUGUUCCCCACUGGUUACACUAAUGCCCCAUCACAGAACGUGACGAGGGAUCUAUUCAAGGCAACGGUGACGAGCCAACACAAUAGCCACAUCAAAGCUGCGCAUCCAUUGGACAUGGCGCAGGUAUCCAAGAGUGCUAUCCCUUUUGCGUCCAAUACACAUGGUGUGGCAGGGUCUAGUAAGACACCAGCGCGUCCUGCUGGAAUAGCAGCCGCCAAGUCGGCUGCCAAGUCGGCAACACGCUCAUCCCCAAGGUUUCAGAAUGGCGAGUCCAUUGAACUGCCAGAGAUCAAUACGGACGACGAGGAUGAUGAAGAUGAAGAUGAUGGUAAAGGUUUGGUCGCAGACUGGGCCGAUUCGCCCAACCUCCGACGAGCUCUUGUAGAACAAGAGAAUAAGAAUCCGUUCGAGGUGUUUGGAGCACCAGCCCCCCUGAACAUGGAGGAAGUUUUUGCCCGAAGCAAGGAUCGCUUCCCAAAGUUCCGAGCGCGAACAUCGAGCGCCAACUGGAGUGGACCGGAUGGACUGACCGAGGAGGAUAUACGGAAGGACCUGGCAGCCCGUGAGAGGAUGAGAAGAGAGGGGGGCUGGUCAUAUGAUAUGGGUCGCGAGAUGGUAUGAGAUUGAUUAUUGAUUAUUUUAGCGUCCGGUCAUAACUACUGAAGGACGUGUUCCAUCGCAACUUGAUUAGACUACGUGUACGGCUGGAAGCCACGGGUUAAAUAGCAUCAGGUCGGUGUUGGGCUAUAUUCAUCAUGCUCCGGAGGUUUUGGUUUUGUCUCUGUUUUCGAGGGCAUGAAAUUAAGUUAGGAUCGGUAUGGGCUGAUGACAAACUCCUUUUCUCACGGCCAGACAUGAAGAUGGGUGGCGGACGUGCGUAAUGAGAAUAUAAAUGACUAUUCCACUAUCGAGCCUGAAUUUGGGUAGCAUUGCUUCGUUCCUUUUU